AUGCACUUCACAGGCUCCUCCCUGUCUCCUUGCUUUGACUUUCCCACCUCCUGCAGGCUGUCAUCCUCUGUUGGCAUUUGCAUAUUGCAAGGGAAUAAAACCUCAGUUCUCUCAGGAGUGAACCAGAGUGUUAUGGGAAGUGAGCACUCGAAGAACGAGGAGCGAAGGAACAUGGUUUUCCUCAGGAAAGGCCCGAAGCUGCCUGCAUGGGAAGAUGCCCUUCUGGCAGGGAGAGAGCCCAAGUCACUGCUGAAGAGGGGAUUGCGUUAUGUCAGCUUGAGCCUCAUCAUGAAAGGGAUGACCACCACACCUGACUUCUUGUGGGGACUGCAUGAGGUGCAGAAGCUGAACCUCUCACGCAACCAGCUGGUGGUGAUUCCUCCUUCCCUGGGGAAGCUGGACAGGCUGGUAGUGCUGAACUUGGGUGGCAACUGCCUCAAGUGCCUGCCUAAGGAGAUCGGGCUGCUGAGGAACCUGAAGGUCUUGUUCGUCAAUAUGAAUUGCCUGAAAGAAGUGCCAGCAGAGCUCAGCUUGUGCAGGAAACUGGAGGUUCUGAGCCUCUCACACAACUGCAUCUCACAACUGCCUUUGAGCUUCACUGACCUGACAAAUUUGAGGAAACUGAACCUCAGUAACAACCGCUUUGUGCAAAUUCCCCUCUGCAUUUUUGCCCUGAGAAGCUUGGACUUCUUGCACCUCGGGUCCAACAAGCUGGAAAACAUCGCAGAGAGCAUCCAGUAUCUGGUCAACCUGCAGAUCUUUAUCGUGGAAAACAACAACAUACGCAGCCUGCCGCGCUCCCUGUGCUACAUCAGCACUCUGGAGUUGCUGAACGCCGACUACAACGCCAUCCAGACGCUCCCAGAUGACCUGUACCUGCUGCGCCGGCUGCGCCGCAUCGCCUGGAACCCCAUGGACAAAGGGCUCCACAUCGCCCACAACCCCCUGGCCCGGCCCCUGCCCGAGGUCGUCGAGGGGGGCCUGGAUGUCCUCUUCAACUACCUCAGGGACAAAAAGGAGCACAACUGA